AUGGCUUUCAAAGUUGCUGCCUUUGCCAUCCUUCUGGUCAUUGUCGCCAUCCAUGCGGCUCCGCAGAUGGACCAGCUGCCCAGCGGUAUGACCACGCCGGCAGUCGGUGAGAUCCAGGCGCCGGUCGGUGGAAACCAGACGAACCCGGGCGAUUUGCCCAACAACAUGAACACGACCGUUCCCUCGAACCCGGCCGAAGGUGUCGGUGGUGCCGAGAACGCUACCAUGCCGUCCAACAUUGGGGGAAUGCCGAACACGCUGGGUAACCGGAUCGCUAACCGCAUCAACAGCCGAAACAACAAACAGUAG